GUUUAUAUGCACCUCCAUAUUGCAUGUUAGGGUCGUGUAACAUCCAAGCUGCCUUUUCGAUAACCUUUACAUCAAGUGUCUCCUGCGAAUACCCGUAAUCGCAACGUGCGCUCAAUACCUGCUAGGCGACCAACGUAUCAUUGGCUUUCUGAGGUACUGGAGUAGAGAAAUGAAAAGCUCUGUAGGCUCAACACCCUCGUCGUCGCAUAGCCAGCCAGCAAAGAUGGAGCUGAAGCCAUGCCAAAAGAACUGUCAUGGACUUCUGCUAUACUUUCCACCGGUACCUCAACGUCAAAAAGAUGGCAGUUUGACAUCUUCCUCUUGGCGCAGCAGCGAGCCGGUAUGCUUGGGGCUAUCAAGCGUGCGGCAAGGUCCUGCAUUCGACCUGGAACAGUUGCAAGAAGCAAGAGCAAUUCCGGAGGGGCAUAGCGUGGACUACUCGGUAGUGCUAGGACAUGCCGUGUAUCAGCAGACCGGUAGCAGUCGAGAAGAGCAGGCCCUUCCGCCCGGCUGCGCUGCUGGUCUUGAGGUUAUGCGCUUCAGAAACUUCCAGCUGCGCGAGUCAGAGUCGGCUGCUCGGCGAUCAACCUCUUCACUCGCGUCAACGCUCCAAGCUUACGCCAAGAGCUUCCGCAUGCUCUCCUCCGAUGACGACACCGAAAAGAGUGGAAGCCGGACAUGGGCCAGCAUUCUCGCCUUCGACCCAGAGCAGUACAUGACCAAGUUCAGUGCCCAGGCCGGCAAGAACGUGACUGCCAUGUCCAAGUGGCUCAGCGAGCUCCAAGAGGCAGUCUCCAAGCCCAAGGCAUGAGGGGUUUGAGAAACCGGUACCGAACGAAUUCGGGGAAGAGCACAUGGCUCAGGGUAUGUGUGUGCAAGUUGGCUGUCGUAUUUAUGAGCGGUGAUUCGCCGGGACUUCUGCGCGGAAGGACUACAAGUGGGUUCAACGUCGCAGUUUGCGCAUUCCGUCUACGCAGGAGAUAGAGUAUACGUGAUUGAGGUGAUGGCAACAUUUAUGUUAUCCUCUCGCUAUUGUUAUGGGGUGCCGUACUUCCAACCCAAAUCCUGGAAGCUUUGGUUUUAGCACCCAACUGCGCCACAAAGCCUCCUUUGUCUUCAACUUGAGUAUCCUCUUAUUCGCCUUAUUUAAAGUCGUCCAUUACAGUUUUACGUAUUCGGCUGUCACGAGAGGUGUAAGCGUGCUUUUCGGGUGUUUCCAUGAGCUGUGUCAUGUCAGCAACUCACGCAGGCCCUGGCCACGUGAUAUGGCGGGAUUGCUGUGUGCAUGUACCGGUACCAAGUGAUGUAGGUGGGUCCUUGUAGUGUACUUAUGUCCGUACUGUGGCCAUCUGGGUCUCACCUCUUGUUGUCGUGAGCCAUGGCCGCAAACGCUGGGUGUUUUAUGAAGGUUGCUGUACAACUAUCGUAAGUCUUGCGGUGAUCAACCCUACCGCUGCUACCAGGACACGCAGAUGACAUGGGUUUCUUUGCUAGGACAGGCUGGUCCCGAAUUGGUGUAUCUCGGCCCGCGUGAACUUGUACCAUACAUAGCACAGCUUGGGCGUCCUGGAGGUAUGUUUUCUCUAUUGCCCGUUUCAUGGGUCGCCUUGGCAAUACGUUCGAAUUCGUGUUAAGUCGCUGCCGUGUGUUAGGGUUGCUCCGUGUGGCGCUUUCUAACCCUAGGUAAUGGGCAUUCCGUGCAUUCCCCUGCUGCGGUUGGUGACAGACGCCCACUUGUGCUGCUGGACUUUCGUGGCGGCGGGGGCAUGGCCCCCAUGCCCGGACUUGCUUGUAAAAUGGUAACGGACUGAACUAGGGCCCUCUUGAGCGGCAUGCAAGGGCAGUCAACGGUAAUGUGUAUGACAACUGCGUCAUGGCAAGCUUGGGGCAUGUGUAUGAAGCGUGCCCCGCGGGGUGUGCGUGGCAGGAGGGUUCCUUUUUUCCCGUCAGGUGGUCCUGUAGACGGUAACCUUCAGAGGUGUUUCCCUGGUUUUCAGUUGUUUCCUCCUCUGCUGGAGUUUUGGUUUAGUGGUCUUCCUGGCCUCCCUCUGUAACAGUCCACAUCGGAAAAA